AUGGGUCUUUUGAGUUCUAAAAACCCCAAAGCCAAGCAAGCCCAAAUUCUUCUUCUGGGACUUGACUCUGCUGGGAAGUCUACUCUUCUUUAUAAAUUGAAGCUGGCGAAGGAUAUUGUGACCACCCCAACAAUAGGUUUCAACGUGGAAAUGAUCGAGUUGGAAAAGAGUCUUUCAUUCACGGUCUGGGAUGUUGGAGGACAGGAAAAAAUGAGACCCAUGUGGGGCUAUUACUGUGAGAACACCGAUGGGCUGGUGUAUGUUGUGGAUAGUACAGACAAACAGCGACUGGAAGACUCAAGGAGAGAGUUUGAGCAUAUUUUGAAGAAUGAACACAUUAAAAAUGUGCCUGUUGUCCUAUUAGCCAACAAACAAGAUGUGCCCGGAGCUCUGACUGCUGAGGACAUCACCAGGACGUUCAACGUGCAGAGGCUCUGCAGCGACCGGAACUGGUACGUGCAGCCCUGCUGUGCCGUCACCGGGGCCGGGCUGACAGAGGCAUUCGGAAAACUGACCACGUUUGUGAAAAGCCGCAUGAAGUCGAGAGGAGACACUUCAGCAUUCUUCAAGCAGAACUGA